AUGGUGUUUUUGGUGUUGGUAGUGAACGUUAUUUCGGCAAGUCCAUUGAUGAAGAAUCCAUUGAGAAGUUACAGAUCUCGAAGUAUUUUGCCAAUACCAGUUGGCACUAGUCCUUCCGUUGUUGACAGUAUAGCAGCAGGAACUCAACUGGCUAUUGAACAUUGUCAACAUGCUUUCCAAUGGGACAGAUGGAAUUGUCCAAAAUCAACAUUCACCAGGCAGCACAAAUUGCUUCCCACCAGAGAAACAGCCUACGCCAAAGCCAUAGUAGCAGCUGGCAUAGUAUACGAAAUCACGAGAAACUGCUCUAGAGGUUCCAUAGAAGGUUGUGGUUGUGACCAAAGCCUAGGAGGGCCUCCAACUCACUUACCAAACCACAUCUACAUAGAAAAUUCCACUGAGCUCCUAUCGAGCCUUGUUCAAGAGGUGCCUAACCUACAGAACACCAGCAAAUGGUCGUGGGGCGGUUGUUCGGAUGAUCCCAGCUAUGCCAUUGAGAUAGCACAGAGGUUCUUGAACGCUCUGGAUAAGGAUAUGAAGCCUGCAGCCUAUGUAGCCAGGCACAAUUCCAAAAUUGGAAGCGAGACUGCUUCCUUUGGGGAGAUUUCCAGAAAACUGAAGGAACGAUACAGGCAAUCCGAGAGAUUGUCAUAUGAGACUGUGGAAAAAUCCAUGUACGUUGAGAAUACAGCGAAACACGAGAUGAUGGAAAAAGAGGUAGAAGGAAUGGAAAGCAGUUUGGUGUACUUAGAGCAAUCUCCGGACUACUGUGUAUUGAAUACAGCUGAAGGAAUUUCUGGCACCAAAGGACGAAUGUGUUCGAGGAACACCAAUUCUACAAUGGCUGCCGAGAGAAACAGUUGCAGAAAUUUGUGCAAGAAGUGCGGGUAUACAGUGAAGAGACUGAAGAAGACAGUCUCGAAACGUUGCAAUUGUACUUUCGAGUGGUGCUGCGAGGUGAAAUGCGACACGUGUCAAGAAAACGUUGAUGAAUUUUUCUGCGUUUGA